GUUCCAAAUCUAUAGAGACCGCCAGCUCUCUCCCAUCUACGACUGAACACAACACGACGAAGAACUGAUAUUUAUACAUAGCUACCCUUAUCACGGUCGUCUAGCUUUUGUGAAGAGUAAAAAAACCACCUACAUCAUUGCUACGCACACCUGAUUAAAGCUAUGGAGGGUGCCGCUCCACCCAUCCGGCCCGUGCCGCCGAGCGCUGCAGCCAAACGGAACCUGAAAGCAGGAAUAAGAUCCAGCGGCUCUCGCAACAACCUCGUAAACGCCUCCCAACGCCUCGACUCCGGCUCCGUUUCCGUCCGAUCCCGCGCCGGCCCCGGCUCCAUGAUGUCCCACUCCCGCGGCUCUCAACAACGUAUCCGCGCAUCCCAGGAGAUGCAGCGCGGACGCGUGCCCGAUAAAGUCGUGCAGGUGCUCGAUGAGGAUGGGAAUGAUGUCACGCCGUUGAGCUUGUUGGGUGGGGGGCAGCCGCAUGCGCCGCAUAUGACGGGAGCAAGGAAGGGACAUGGGACUAUCAACUUGGAGGGGAGUAUUGCUAGUACCGCUAGGGAAACAGUGGCGGACGUGCUCAACAACCUCGAAUCCAUGACGCAAGCAUCGUGGAAUGCGUCAAUGUAUGGAAGGUCAGGGACAAUGGGGAUGAGCUUCUCGAACGCGAGCCGGAUGUCUGGCGCUGAGAGCAUGGAUGAGGACGAUACGGCGUCUGCGGGGAGUGGUGAUUCGGGGGAUGAGAAUGAAGCAGGGAGGAAAAACCGACCAGAAGGCCUCGCCACUGCGCACACACCUUCCCACAAACCAGUAACCGAAGCCGACCUCAUCAAACCCGUCAACAUCGAGCUCACCGAAACUGCCACUAUCUUCCUUCUCGACAUCCCCUCCACGACCGUCUCCACCGAUUUCUCCGAAGAGGCGACCGCCGCCAAAUCGGCCAACGAGCGAUACGCCGCGAUACUGGCGGCCAGGGAGGGCAAUGAGAACUUUGUGUCGCGGUCGCAGCAGACGUUUAAUGAUCCGGUCAAGACAAAGGAGGUGCAGGCGGUGGGGCCCAAGAUGGUGCAUGCGGAGUGUAUGGUGACGCAGUGGGAGAUUUUUGAUGCGACGGUGGGGAGUGAAGCUGCUAAGAAUGAUGCUGACGGGGGCAGAGAAGCAGACAUCGACUCCCUCGAGAUCUCACCCUCACUAGGAACUCAAACUAGUCUCCCAUCAAAUCAAUCCGCCACCUUACAGUCAUCCGUCAGUGGAUCCGCCCUCCUCUCAAAACUCGGCUCGUCGAUGAUGAUGUCCGAGCCUCCCGGUGUCUCGCGUUCUGUUUUCUUACCAGAGGGGGAAACAGUGAGCGAUGUCUUUGCCAGUGUGGGACCGGGCGCAAGGCGGACGAGCGUCAGGUCUGCUACGGGUGCACGGAAGGAGGAUGUGGUGGAGCUUUCUGGGGAGGCGGCGGUUGCGAUGCUGAAUCAAGAGUCGCUCCGAACGAAUUUGCGAAUAAUGGAGCGCGCGGUGGUGGCAAACAAUCUGGACAAAAAGCUGUUGCUGUAUCGCGAUGUUGAGGACGCUGAAGAUGUAGCGAACAAAAAGGCAGCCGCGCGGCAGGAAGAACUUGGACAUGGCAGCUUUGAUGACUUACAAAAUGUCAUGCGCGGGGAAGAAGAGCGAGCCAAGGAGUCCCGCGGAAUGGACAUCCCAACCGUCGACUUCCUCUGGUCCUACCGGUGCGAGCUCACCCGCGGCCGGGCAGUAACGUUCAUGGAAAUCAACAAAGAAAACGAGGACAUCAUCGCCGUCGCCUACGGGGACCAAAAACCAGGCCCAAACCCCGUCCUCGGACUGGUCCUUUGCUGGAAUGUCAAGAACCCAGAAUGGCCUGAACGGAUCUACCGGUCAGCUUACGCAUGCACAUCGCUAUCGUUCUCGAACGCGACGCCCAAUCUGUUGGCGUGUGGGUAUAUCAAUGGCGCGAUUCAGAUCUAUGACAUCCGACAUCCUGAGCCGGAUUCACCGCCUCUGUUGACGACCGCGGAGCUGCCGGGGAGACAUAGGGACCCCGUUUGGGAAUUGCAGUGGGUUGAGAGAGAGCGGGCGGAGGAAGGCGGUGGGGGUAGCGGCGCUGGGGAGUGGUUGAUCAGCGUCGGGACUGAAGGCCGAGUUGUGGGGUGGACAGUCAAAAAGGGGCUGGAAUCAGUUGAUCUCAUGAGCCUGAAACGAGUAGCGAAGCAAAGCGACGUUGCAACGCCCGGAGGCCCAUCCGGUGGACCAGCGUCUUCCGUGAAAGCUGCUGCCAAACCUGGGUCAUUCAUUGCGCGUCAAUCUGGAGGCCUCUGUUUCGACUUCUCCCCCAAAGAUCCCACAACCUACAUCGUCGGUACCGACGACAACAACCUGCAUCGCUGCUCUCCAUCAUACAACGAACAAUACCUACAAACAUACAUGGGCCACACCGGGCCCGUCAACCGAGUGCGAUAUUCUCCAUUCCUGCCCGGCAUCUUCCUCAGCUGCAGUAGCGAUUGGACGGCCCGGCUUUGGAAAGAGGAUGAGGGGGAUGAAUGUAUCAUGCGGUUCCAGGGAGGAAAGGACACGAUCACGGACAUCGCGUGGUCACCGGCAUUCUCGACGGUUUUCGGAUGUGUGUCUACAGACGGGCGCAUGGAGAUAUGGGAUUUGCAAUUCUCAGUUUUGGAUCCGGUUAUCCUCCACACGGUCCUCGAUCGCCAGCUCACUACCAUUGUGUUUGCGCAUACAACCCCGGUCGUACUCACUGGAGACGAUAACGGCUCCGUAAAUGUGUACAAACUGAAAAAGCUCGGGCCACAUGGCACCGAUUCCAUCAGGUCCACAACAGAACCGAUCUCGCAGGACGCUGGAUUCAACGCAAUAGCAGCAUCUGCGCCGAGCGUAGACGUUGAGGCCCAAGCCUCGCUACUGAGAGAUGUGAUCGCGGCGAAGAAUCAAGGCAGUGGUGCGGCUGCGGCCAAUGCCAACGGGGCGGCUAGUACAGCUCCAAUUGGGCAAAGUGCGACAGCGUCGCCUGCUAAGGAACAGUAG